GGACCAUUGUCAUUGGUCGGAACUCCGAUGACGUAAGUCAUGGCAUCAGACGACUAGUCGAGCAACUCUUCUGAAACUGUAAACAGGGGCGUUCACUUCAUUCCUUACGGUUAGCUGGUUCGAGCGACAAUUCACCGAGGCUAACUCUUUGCCCAACCCUAGCAGACAAUGGAGGAACUACAGAAGUACAAGGCUGUGUUUGACCAGUUUGACACCAGCGGAGACAACAAGAUCAGUCAGAGCGAGCUGAAAGCCGCCAUGGCACAACUAGGGCACCAUCCUACCGACGACGUCUUGGAGAUGGCCAUGGAAGAACUGGACCAAGACAAGUCAGGUUUCUUGAACUUCCCGGAGUUCAUGGAGUUCUGUCAGAUGCAGCCACCGCAAGGCGAAGAUCCUUGCGCUAAGUAUCGUCAGGCGUUCGAAGCCUUGGACACGGACGGGAGUGGCUACAUCGGCGUAGACGAGCUACGAGUGAUUUUCGAGAGUACCGGCGCCAAAGUCUCGGAGAGAAUGCUGCAGAGGAUUGCGGUCAAGUUAGGAGGGGAUGACGGCCGUAUCAACUUUGAGGAGUUCGUUACCUUGAUGCAGUCACAGGCCUAGUAGUGCGCUGAAAUAUCUCCACAUGCCGCUCUUGCGCCCCUGUCGCUAUGGGCCUUCGUACGUCAGGAAUAUGACCUUGUUCACCUGGUAUCACACAGGCUUAGUGUAACUGUGACACAAUAUAACACAUGGAGGUAUUGAUUUCUCGUAAGACCAAAUACAUGUAUACUGCUGAUACCUGAUGAACGUGGUUGAAAUUCCAAAAACAGAGCAUUUCGGCUACAAUGUAAUGCUGCAUCGAAACCGUUACUUUUAUCGAUAUCAAGCACAAGACGGUGAACCGCCUCAUUCUUAUAAGUAAGAACACACAUGUACUGUAACGUUACAAACAAUAAAGCUGCGAAGUGCACGUGUUACCUA